UCUGGGCUGAAAGUUUGCAGUUCUGAGCUGCAGCCAGACAGCGGGCGGACAGGCGGGAGAGCGCAGACUGCCAGCAGACUCGGACAAAACAUGCCUGCACUCGAGACAUCGCUGAAGAUGACCCUGGUGUGCGUGAUUCUCUCUAGUCUGGUGCCCAGCCCGGCAGAGGCGUGGUACAAGCAGGCGACGGGACCCAGUUACUACUCGGUGGGGAGGGCCUCCGGGCUCCUGUCCGGGAUCCGCCGCUCACCCUACGUCCGCAGAUCGGAGGCAAGCGAAGCGGCAGAGUCGGCGGAGAGCAGCGUGAUGUCGGAGCAACCUGGUCAAGGCAGAGCGAUGUUCGUCAAAAACAUGGCCGUCUGCGUGAAGGACAUCUCUCCCAGCCUGCACACCUGUCAGCUCCACCCAGAUGGCUUCAACACGUUUCAGUGUAAGGCGGACGUUUUCCUUUCGCUGGACAGUCAGGACUGUGGGAAUGUCUGACCCGCCUCUCCACCAGGGACACCAACUCCCCGAACCCCACCUGGCGCCGAAGCUUUUUACUUUCAGAAGACCAGCCCCAGAUAUCAGCGUAAUUUCCGUCUCGACGUCCAGUCAAACUCUUAAGUUUUAAAAAGAAACUUGUUUGUGAUUGAGCAGUUGCUGAAUGUUUUUUUUAACUUGUCUAUAAGUAAACACCCCGCGGUAUGUAUGCAGAAUCAUUGUAUAAAUGGUAAAAAUAUCUGUAAUGGAACAAGUUAUUAAAUUUCAGCCUUAAAAUACGCGACUCUCCUAUUUGCAACCCAUCCUUUCGUCACCCACACUGUUUCAACUUGUCGGUGU